GCAUACCAUUCGCAAAUAAAGGAUUACUCUCAAUCCGUGGGAAAUAUGGCUAUUCUGCCCAUCCGAACCCAGGCCCGUGGACCUGCACCAGUGAAUCCAGGGCUGGAGCAGGACAUUAUCGAUGAAACGCUCUACUAUUUUAAGGCCAAUGUCUUCUUUCGCACGUACGAGAUCAAGUCCGAGGUGGAUCGGGUGCUGAUUUACAUCACGCUCUAUGUAACGGAGUGUCUGAAGAAAUUGCAGCGCUGUUCGAACAAAAACCAAGGUCUGCAGGAAAUGUACACGUUGGCCAUUUCGCGAUUUGACAUUCCGGGGGAGGCGGGCUUUCCGCUGAAUGCCGUGUACGCCCGACCUAAUUCGCCAGCAGAUGCCGAACUGAUGAGACAGUAUUUGCAGCAGCUGCGUCAGGAGGUGGGCAUCCGUGUUUGCGAACGGGUAUUCUCCGGUGAGGACGGCAAGCCGAACAAAUGGUGGCUGUGUUUCGCCAAGAAGAAGUUCAUGGACAAAUCGCUUUCCGGACCGGGUCAGUAA